CACAUAUAUACACACACAUACACACACAUAAAAAAUGAAAAUUUUGAUUUCAGCCAGUGGUUCGGGGAGACGAACCUUCCACCUUAGACCAUGGCCAAGUUCAUCCGUAACUUCAUGGAGAAGGCAUCGUUGAUGGUGGCCGCUGCCGUGACUUACUCAGAGCCUCGAUUAGCCACAUUUUGGCACUACGCCAAGGUUGAGCUGGUUCCCCCAACCCCUGGUGAAAUCCCUACAGCUAUUCAGAACGUGAAAAAAAUAAUUCACAGUGCCAAAACUGGUGGCUUCAAACACCUUACAGUGAAGGAAGCCGUGCUGAAUGGUUUGGUGGCCAUUGAGGUGUGGAUGUGGUUUUAUAUUGGAGAGAUUUUAGGCAAACGUGGCGUUGUUGGCUAUGAUGUUUGAAGA